CAAUGCCCCGCGCUCCGACAUCGGUCGCACCGCUGACGCAUUAACGCUGGCCUUUUUUGACGAUGAUCUGCUCGGACGAUCCAACCAAUAAUCCUCGACCCCGCCAGCAGGUGAAGAGAAAGCAAACCUCGACAUAGACAUGGAGUUUGAGACACAGACGCCCCCGUGGAGCACCGCCGACAAGAACAGCUUCGCCUACCCGUCCGCGCGAGAUCGUUGGCCUGUUAUUCUGACCCAGGCUAUCGACGACGUCCAUCGAGCCACGGCAAAGGCCACAGACCCUGAAGUCCAGGCCGAGGGCAAGCAGAUCAUUGCUCAACUCGCUGGGCUGAAGUACGAACUACAGCAUGACCGCAGGCUCGUGCCUCUGAGCGACGAUGGCCUCCCUGACGUCGACAAGUAUAACCAGGAGCUCAGCCAGCUGGAGGCCAAGUUUGGAGGCGAGCUAAAAUGGUUUAAUGCUCCAUGGCUGUACAGUGAAUGCUACUUGUACAGACGCAUGCAUGCUAUCUUUCGCCUCAGCAAGAAGUGGCAAGAUUACGAUGUUUUUGCUGCCUCCAAGAUGUCCACUUUCCGCUCAUCGCGUGCCGCUGUCCUCGAGCUCGCAGCUCAGUACAAGGAGAUCGUCACGCAGCUCGAAGCGGAGCACACACUCAAGCAUGCGCAGACGGAGGCGGAACUGGCCGCCGCGGAGGAGGCUGUCUUCAGAGACAUGUGCGAGAUUUGUCUUUGGGGCAACGCUACUGAUCUGUCAUUAUUGACGAAUCUGUCCCAUGAUGACCUCCAGAAGUUGCAGGGCAGCGAGGCACGCUCCGCGAGCAGAAGCAAGGUGCUCGUCAACGACCUCGGUGCCGCCUUCGAAGCCCUCUACACUGCCCAGAAGAGCGGGAAAAAAGAGCGCCGUAUUGAUUUCAUCCUCGACAACGCAGGGUUCGAGUUGUUUGUCGACCUCGUCUUAGCUGGGUAUUUGCUGACUGUGGGCCUCGCGACGACAGUUGUCCUGCACCCAAAGACCAUGCCGUGGUUCGUGUCGGACGUGGUCCCUAAGGACUUCAGCGAUCUGCUGGGCGCCCUGGCCGAUCCCCGAGGCUUCUACGAGACCCUGUCAGAGGAGGAUACUAACGCAGGUAAGACGCCGCCGCCUCUUUCCGACAAGGAAGUGGAUGAAUUGAAAUUUCUUUUCGACCGGUGGGCGAAUCUCCAUGCAGAAGGGAAGUUGGUUAUAAGGCCAAACACGUUUUGGACGGAAGGUGGGAGCUUUUGGCGCCUACCGGGCACAGCGCCUUGUCUGCAUGAAGACCUUAAGCAGAGCGAGCUGUGCAUCUUCAAGGGUGACCUGAAUUACAGGAAGCUCACCGGCGACGCAAUGUGGGACCCGACAACGCCUUUCUCCACUGCUAUCGGACCGCUUGGUCCUGGUUCUGGGCUGCGAGUCCUAGCUCUGAGGACGUGCAAGGGUGAUGUAGUGGUCGGGCUACCGCAAGGAAAGGACGAGGAGCUCAGAGCCCUGGAAGCCGGGCCAGGCCCGUACGAGCGGUGGGAGAAGGGAGUCAAAGACAGCGGGUUGGACGCAAGGAAGUGGGCCUGGAGCGGGAAGUGGGCUGUUGUGCAGUUUUGUGAUGGGAAAUAAAACUUUUGCAUCGCGUGGUCCCCCAAAGCUUCGGAAGAGCUCAUUCGCAUCGGAUAGACUGGUUGUGAUUCAACAUGAAGAUCAAGCCUCACGAUGAGUAGAUUUGCAUCUUAGAAUACAGAACAUGGAACUUCGCAAUGCCUACUUCUGUCCGGAACCGCAGGCACAGUGCGAACUAUCACAGGCAUGUGGACACGCGCUGAAAUGGCAUAUACAAUCUUUGACUGGUCCUGAAUCAUGCAUAAGCAGGAGCAUCUCCGUAUACUUAAAAAGCUGGGGGUUUGCUAUACCGUUGGAUUCGCAUCCACUCGGAC